UCUUCAUUCACAUUGUUCUAGAUAAUCAAAACAAUGGCAAUGCACAAGAGCAGUUCCGGUUCAGCAUUGGGUCCAGGAGGCUUAGACCUAACUCAAGCCUUCUUUAAGUCCGUCAUGAACGCUGCACCUUCUUCUCCCACAAAGCGCCACACCAAAAUCUCCAUUGUUGGUGCCGGCAACGUCGGAAUGGCCAUAGCCCAAACCAUCCUCACUCAGGAUCUCACCGACGAGCUUGUCCUCGUCGAUGCCAUUCCUGAUAAACUCCGCGGCGAGAUGCUCGACCUCCAGCACGCCGCCGCCUUCCUCCCCCGCACCAGAAUCCAGGCCUCCACCGACUACUCCGUCACUGCGGGCUCCGACCUCUGCAUUGUCACCGCCGGUGCCCGCCAAAUCCACGGCGAGUCCAGGCUGAACCUCCUACAAAGGAACGUCACCCUCUUUCACAAAAUCAUACCCCCUUUGGUUCGUUACUCCCCCGACACCAUUCUCCUUAUCGUUUCCAAUCCCGUGGACGUGCUCACUUACGUGGCAUGGAAACUCUCCGGUUUCCCUUCAAACCGUGUCAUCGGUUCCGGCACUAACCUGGACUCCUCACGCUUCCGUUUCCUCAUCGCCGAUCAUCUUGAUGUUAACGCUCAAGACGUCCAGGCUUUUAUAGUGGGAGAACACGGUGACAGCUCAGUGGCUUUGUGGUCUAGCAUUAGUGUUGGGGGUGUUCCGGUGCUGAGCUUUUUGGAGAAACAGGAAAUUACGUACGAGAAGGAAAUGUUGGAAAACAUACACAAAGAAGUUACAGAGAGUGCUUACGAGGUUAUAAGUCUGAAAGGGUACACUUCUUGGGCGAUAGGAUACUCUGUGGCGAACUUGGCACGAAGCAUUCUUAGGGACCAAAGGAGGGUCCACCCUGUGUCGGUUCUUGCAAAGGGUUUUUACGAUAUCGAUGGUGAAGUGUUUCUUAGCUUGCCUGCACAACUUGGGAGAGGAGGGGUAUUGGGUGUCACCAAUGUGCAUUUGACUGAAGAAGAGAAACACAGACUUAUGAACUCAGCCACCACAAUCCUCCAAGUUCAGAAUCAGUUGACUAUUUGAUCCUUUCUUAGAUACUCAUGUUGUCCUCUUCCUUUUUCCCACAUUUUUGUUUCUUCUAAGAAGUACUUUUUGUUUUUUUUUUCUUUGUUGCUUGUUGCAAUUUAUAGAAAUGCAUAUUUUCUAUUUAUCUGAU